AUGACAUUAGUGACAUGUCUAUCCAGUAUUCCCACUACACCUCAUCUUUGUCGAACUGAAUUUGAACUCUCGUGUCCAGUGUACUUGUUGCUGUUAUGGAAAGAUGAUGAGCAUGGUAACGCAAUCAUCUUCACAGACCUUCAACUGGUCACUGACGCAUCCAUAGCCAACGAAGAACGAGUUCGGUGCUCUACAGAAUACGAUGCCCUAAUCAGCGGUGGGUGUCCGGGUCCUAUGGUUCCAAGGAACAAACUCUUCUUAGCUACUGUCCCCGAUGAUGAGCUCUUUAGUCUGAUUUGCAAGACAGUGAGAAACAUAGUUCAAGAUCAACAUAUGGAUUUCGGUGACCCACAAAGGUGUCGGGUCUAUCAAUAUGGAGUUCUAGCUAAGAUUGAAGCAAGGCUACAAGUGCUUCCAUCCUCAAGAUUAGUAGAAGGAACUUUAACACUGUGCGUUUGCAUUGCCCCAAAGAACGUUGAUAUGGUUUGUCCCAAUGAAUCAGAACAAAGGCAAAGAUUAGUCCAGCUUUUAAAGCGUUUGAAGCAUUCAUUAAAGAGGGAUAUUCUUGAUUUUAUCAGUGAUAGGCUUCAUAUCAACGAUAUCAUUGAACAGAGCAGGUUCAACAAGGGACAAAAUAAAAUAGUAACACGUCCAAAGGGAGCAGAGUUAGUAUUUGGACAUCAUUUUGAUUCCCCAACUCAAAUGACUCAACUGAUACAAAGACCUACUACAGAGUCGAGUCAAGAAGGUUCAUCCACCAUAAGCUCUUCACUGUCGGAGAAAAGCUUAUCACCAGUACUGUCCAAAAUCAGUAUUAAUUCUGAGGGAGAGGAGGAGAAUGAACUGAAUGCAGAAGAUAUCGAGUUAUCUGAUCUAUACCCUGGUCAUUUGGUCAAACGAGCGACAGUCGAAUCCCUUGCUACCAUAGAGAAUGAAUAUCAUCGUGAAUGUCAACUUGAUUCUACAUUGGUAUAUAAUGUUGAAGCUUUUAUAAUUGGUCUUCUACCAGAUAUACCAUUUGUUGUCAAACCGUAUGGAAGAACAGUUAAAUUGGCACCUUUCAAAUUGGUGAUUCGAGAUGUUGAAGGACCUGCAAUCAUUAUGGUUGAGUUUAGAACCUCACAAGAAAUACAAAGGUUUCUCUCAUUACCUGAACCAGAGGAUUCCCUUUGUCAUUUGACAGCUAUUAACCAAAAGAUGAAUGCCAUGGUGGGCACUGUCAAACAGUUAAGCGUACAGGUUAUGACAACAGACACACAGUACCCCAGAAUGUAUUGGCGAUGUAUGAAUGUGUUAAAGGAUAUGACAUAG